AUGAAUGGGUUGUUGUGGUUAGCCAUACACGUCAAAAUAAAGGGCUACAACUACACCUUCGUGCCGGCCGUCAGUUCCCAGGGGGCGCCCAUCGACUGCUCCAUCAACACAGGGCUCGCCAAUACAGCUCCUAAGCGGCGACCUCCUUCGCCGUUGUUACGCCUCGUCUAUGCGAAUCCUCCUCAUCCGACUGUGUCUUCUGCCUACCCGCUGACACCGCAGCAAGAGCCACAACAUCCCAAACACACUGUUGCACUGUUUGUGGAGCUUAGACAAGCCAAAGUUGUUAACGUGACGCUGUUGACAGAGCCCAGAAGUGGUGACAGCGAGGGGAUACACCUACUGGAUAACCUCCAGAACCUCACACUGCUGGCCGCGACAUCCUGA